UUCUACCCCCGAUGAUGACAAGUAAGGAUGUAUACCAAUAGAGGUUAAUGGUUGUUCUAUGUUCUGACCGCAACUUCUUCUAUUACAGAGAUGUUGAGUUCCGGGUUUGACCUUGUGAAAGGCUUCUUCAAAACCGGCUUGAGGGGCAGUGGGCAAUUGAUAGAUACGCAACAAGGUCCCAAUAAUAAUAAUCCCUCUGAACUACAAUAUGAGAGCAAUGAAGCCGAGCGAAGUACAGGUAGCCUUGGUUCCACUGAUGAAGAUCAACAUUCGCCUCAACCAACUCCAAGCUCCACUUCAUUACCAACUGCGAAUAAGGGCACUGUUCGUGACCAAACAUCCCGUGAGGCAAAGCCAGAGAUAUUCGAUGUGUUCAUUGGUGUCAUGGGAAUGACAGGAGCCGGAAAGAGUACAUUCAUAUCUCUCGUCACGGAUCAGGAGGUGGUGAUAGGGAACGAUCUAAAAGCCUGCACCCAGAAUGUGACUAUGUACCGCUGUAAAUUCAGUACCUCCUGCAACAUAUGGUUGAUCGAUACACCUGGGUUCGAUGACACAAACCGAACAGAUAGCGAAGUUCUAAAAGAGAUUGCCGGAUGGCUCGCCGAAUCCUUCUCCCAGAAGGUUAUUCUGAAUGGCAUCCUGUAUCUACAUCGGAUCAUGGACAACCGGAUGCCCGGCUCAGCCAAACGAAACCUCUUUAUGCUGAAGAAGCUAUGUGGUAAAGAUGCUUUGAGGAAUACCAUCUUGGUCACUACUAUGUGGGAUCUUGUCGACCCGGCCGACGGUGACAGGAGAGAGAAGCAACUGAUUACCACCCCAGAGUACUGGGGAGAUAUGAUUGCAGCAGGCUCACAAAACCUUCGGCAUGACAAUACCUAUGAGUCCGCAAUGCGUCUAAUUAAUCUCUAUGCGGGUUCCCAUUCAACCAAAGAGAAGAAGGUACUCGCUAUUCAGCAUGAAAUGGUAAUAGAAAAGAAAGCCUUGGAUGAGACAGACGCUGGAAAAGCGGUUGAAGACGCAUUAAUCAAAGAACGAUCUAGAUGGAGACACUCCGGCCUCAGGCCUCACUGUGGAAGCCGAAGCCCAUAUCUGAUCAGGUCUAUCAGUAGAACCUGUGUUGGGAGAAGCCACCAGCUGGGCUUUCGACCGCAUCCUGUCUGGCGAGACCAACGUCAAGGGAUACCUGCUCAUGUAAUUCCUGUAUGCCCGGAUUGUGACACCCCUAAAAGGUCGGAACAAAGAACUAGCUGUAGAGAAACACCAAUCAACGACGGAGACAGACAGACUGUGCGUAGCGGUUUUGCAACAUCGUAUGCUGUCCAAGAUGGGACAGAAGCAUGGACUUGAAAUGGUGUCAUUGGGGACACCGGUGGAAAGUGGGGAUGAUGAGUUAAUAGCAAGAUUCUGGCUGGAUUCGCUACUGGAUGAAUAGAAGUUGACUCCUACACAGGGAAGUU